CGGCGCGUCGCAGGGUGGGCUGAGCAGAGAGAAGCUGAGGGGGCGGUGGCGGCUACUCCCGCGCGUGUGAUCAGUUCCUCACGCUGCGGCCCGGGCCGCCUCCUUCCUCCCUCCCUCGCUCCCUCCCUUCCGCCCCCGAGUGCGGCGGCACCGCCUCCUUCCGCGCCGCGCGGCUUCCUCCAGACCUCUCAGCGCGGGUAAGAAUCAUUGCCUUGGGCUUCCCUGGUGGCGCAGUGGUUGAGAGCCCGCCUGCUGAUGCAGGGGACGUGGAAUUGUUCCCCAGUCCGGGAGGAUCCCACAGCAGUGAGAAGCCCACGUACCGCAAAAAAAAAAAAAAAGAAUCAUUGCCUUAUUCCAAGUGAGCCCUAUUCCCUGAGACAGUUGGUGCUGACCCUGUAACACAAAAGAGGAAAUUGCUGGCUGAGCUCAGCCUUGGUACUGGUGGCCACCAUGUCCUUGAAGAUCCAGACAAGCAACGUAACCAACAAGAAUGACCCCAAAUCCAUCAACUCUCGGGUUUUCAUCGGAAACCUCAACACAGCUGUGGUGAAGAAGUCUGAUGUGGAGACCAUCUUCUCCAAGUAUGGCCGUGUGGCCGGCUGUUCUGUGCACAAGGGCUAUGCCUUUGUCCAGUAUGCCAAUGAGCGCCAUGCCCGGGCAGCUGUGCUGGGAGAGAAUGGGCGAGUGCUGGCUGGGCAGACCCUAGACAUCAACAUGGCUGGAGAGCCAAAGCCCAACAGACCCAAGGGGCUAAAGAGAGCAGCAUCUGCCAUAUACAGUGGCUACAGCUUUGACUAUGAUUACUACCGGGACGACUUCUACGACAGGCUCUUCGACUAUCGGGGCCGCCUGUCACCAGUGCCAGUGCCCAGGGCAGUCCCUGUGAAGCGACCCCGGGUCACAGUCCCCUUGGUCCGACGUGUCAAAACCACCAUACCUGUCAAGCUCUUUGCCCGCUCCACAGCCAUCACCACCACCGGCUCAGCCAAGAUCAAGUUAAAGAGCAGUGAGCUGCAGGCCAUCAAGACAGAGCUGACCCAGAUCAAGUCCAACAUCGAUGCCUUGCUGGGUCGCUUGGAGCAGAUUGCCGAGGAGCAGAAGGCCAAUCCAGAUGGCAAAAAGAAGGGCGAGAGCGGCAGUGGCAGUGGCAGCGGCAUCGGCAGCGGCAGUGGCGGUGGCAGUAGUGCUGUCAGCAGCCGGCCACCGGCCCCCAAAGAGGACGCAGCUUCUGAGGCAGGCACGCCCCAGGGAGAAGCACAGGCUCGAGACGACGGUGAUGAGGAGGGGCUGCUAACACACAGCGAGGAAGAGCUGGAGCACAGCCAGGACACAGAUGCGGAGGAUGGGGCCUUGCAGUAAGCAGUCUGACAGGAGCAAUGGCCACCGGCAGGAGAAGGGCGUACACUGUACCAGGCCUCAAGUUGGGCACCCAUCCCUGGAUAACCACCCCCAGCGGGUCCCAGAGGAGAGCUGGCAGCAGGCACCACCUCCCUCCCUCGUCCCAGCCAGUGCCACAUUCUCUGCAGGUGGAGUUAUCAGCACCCCCUUCUCAUGUACCCUCCCUCCCUGUUGGCACUGCCCAGGCCAGAGGGCAGAGCACAGAGUUUCCCUACACUCUGCCUCCCCUCCCCAGGACACUCCCAGGCUCGGAGUUUUUCUAUAGGUUUGGCGGGGGCGGGGGGGCCACAGGGAGGGGACCCUGACAAUAAAGAGAUUGGA